AAUUUAUUAAAAAUCGAUGUUUAUAGAAUCAGUUGAUCACUCUACUCCAAGAACAAUUGGAGAUCAUGAAAGUAGUUAUAAAUAAUCGAUUUAGUUACAGAGCCAGAAUUUAAUAUAAAAAUCAACUACAAACUUGAAGUUAGAAAAUGUCAUCUACUCUAAUAGUUCCUGAGAUAUUAAGUAGAAAAUACUCAAAAGAGCAUUGUAAAGCUAGGAAAAAAACUUUCUAAUGAUGAGGUAAUUAUAUAUCUUGCAUGUUUUAAUUUAAUAUUUGCUCGUUAUUAUAUUUAUUUGUUUUAAUUUAAUUUUAUUAGGUAAAAAAUAAAAGGAUCUCAAGAAAAAAUUCAUUUACAAAACCUUUCAAAUGCUCAAAUUGUUCCCAUACUUAUUCUUCAAAGGCAGCCUUAAAGUAGCAUCUAAAAUUCAAACAUUUUGAAGAUCACACUCCUUUAACUCAACCUUUAGAUUUAUAAAAAGUAUUAGUUGAACCAUUAUCCUAAAUAUGAAAUAAAUUUGUUAAUUUAUAUUUUGUAUUAUAAAAAAG